CCUUAAUUCGCUAUCCACACUUGGUUUGAACGUAUCAGCAUGAUGGUGAUCAUCCUCAACUGCAUCACCCUGGGUAUGUAUCGUCCAUGCAGCGACAUCGAGUGCGACUCUCAACGAUGUCUGAUCCUCCAGGGGUUCGAUCACUUCAUCUUCGCUUUCUUCGCCGCCGAGAUGGUGGUCAAGGUCAUGGCCAUGGGUUUCAUCGGUAAGCAGGGCUACCUGGGGGAGACCUGGAACAGACUGGACUUCUUCAUCGUGGUGGCAGGUAUUCUGGAGUACAGCCUGAAUCUAGAGAAUGUGAGCUUAUCGGCGAUCAGGACGAUACGAGUGCUCCGGCCGCUCAGGGCUAUUAAUAGGAUUCCAAGUCUGCGCAUUUUAGUGAUGUUACUGCUAGAUACACUGCCCAUGCUGGGGAAUGUUCUCAUGCUCUGCUUCUUCGUCUUCUUCAUAUUCGGGAUCAUCGGGGUACAACUAUGGAAGGGUCUCCUUAGAAACAGAUGCUUCCUAGACCUCAAUGUCACUGUCACUGUAGGGGAUGGGUAUCCCAAUCUCACUCAAUUUUACACCGAAAGUGAGCCGUGGACGGACUAUGUCUGCAGUCUGCCCUCGGACAAGGGCAUGAGACAAUGCUCGGAGAUCAAGCCUCUAUAUAGUUUGGACGGAUUGAUAUGCAAUGGGACUGCUUUACCAGAUGCGGACAACAGUUAUGUUGCAAACUCAUCGGAAUGCGUGAAUUGGAAUCAGUACUAUACAAAGUGUGCCAUUAGUGACGAAAACCCAUUUUUAAGUUCAAUAUCGUUUGACAAUAUACUCUACGCAUGGAUCGCCAUAUUCCAGGUGAUCACUUUAGAAGGCUGGGUUGAUAUCCAGUAUCACUUGCAGGAUGUCUACUCUCCCUGGAUAUGGAUCUAUUAUGUGUUUUUGAUCAUUAUUGGUGCCUUCUUCUUGAUAAACUUGUGUUUAGUCGUCAUAGCAACUCAGUUUUCUGAGACCAAACAGAGAGAAAGCAAGCUCAUGGAAGAGCAACGUAAAAGAUUUCGAUCUAGCAGCACGCUUGCAAGUAACGGCGAAGUUGGAAGCUGCUACGAUGAAAUCCUGAAGUACAUUGGACAUUUAUGCCGUCACGUGACCCGUCGGUUUCGGCGGUGGCGAAAACGAAUGCACAGUAAGCGAAAGAGCAAAGUCAUGCCAGCAAUAUCAUUACGACGCAAAAAGAAAAGAACUAGAAGCUUACACCUUCACCAUCAUCUCCACCACCAUCACCAUUACCACUUUGGGAAUGGCAAUUCUCAAGCGCCUAGAGCAAGUCCAGAGGAUAGCGACGUCAGCUCGUCGCCCUCGCGCAAACAUAAACUGGCAAUACCGUCCAGCCUUGGUAGCGCUGCAUCGCUACAGUCUAUGAACUACUGUACAGAGAAGAUCUCUAAACUGGAACCAUCACCGCUGUGUCAAGGUCCAAUGUCUUCCCCUUAUCACAUGACCACCACGCUGUCCAUUCACAGAGCUUCGUCCAUCAACUACCCCACAACAAACUCCAAAGAUUUAAACCAAGGUGUAGCUUUUGGCAAGGUGGCCUCCGACAAGGAUGGCAGUACACCCACCACGCCCGGUAAUGGGUCACCAGGACGGUUACAGGAGAAGUGGACAGAGCUGUGCGGAGGCAACCAUAUGAGCAGAUACAGCAAGCUGCCGCCCAUCAAAUCAGACCAUCCAAAAGAUUCCUUGGCGCCGUCCCACCCACCCCUCACCCAGCGUCUCUCUGCUCCGCCCCUCACACAGCCUGGCAGCCCAAACUCCCACCUGACCCCGCCCUCAUCAUGUCUCGCCAUGCAUUCCUCUUGCCCUAUCCAUACACCCUGUCCCGUCCACACCCCCUGCCCCACCCAUUCCCCUUGCUUCUCCUCCAAGAAAACUCAUUCCAACUCUCAUUCCUGCUCCCACGUCUGCACCUCUGCCGAGCACCACUCAGAAUACGAGUGGAGCGACUCCUCCACCUCCUCCUCCACCGAUGACUCCGAUUCCGACUCGGACACGGAGAGCAAGGCCGAGAUGCAGAGGCAUAAAAUACAGAAGCGGCGCUACAGGUUUGGGUGCUUAAGUGUGCUGACAGAGAAGGUGCAGGAGAUCGUUGAGAGCAAGUACUUUAUGAGGGGUAUCCUGGUGUGUAUCCUCAUCAACACGCUCAGUAUGGGUAUUGAGUUCCAUGGACAGCCCUAUGAGCUCACAGAGGCCAUUGAGAUCAGUAACCUGAUAUUCACCAGUCUCUUCGCCUUGGAGAUGAUUCUUAAGAUAAUUGCCUAUGGUCCGGUGGGGUAUGUUAGCAACGGUUUCAACGUCUUUGAUGGCCUUAUUGUGAUAGUCAGUGUGGUAGAGGUUCUUCAAGAUGGCAGUGGAGGUCUCUCUGUUUUGAGGACCUUCCGUCUUCUUCGUAUCCUCAAGUUGGUCCGCUUCAUGCCCGCCCUCAGGAGGCAGCUUUUGGUCAUGCUGCGCACCAUGGAUAACGUGGCUACCUUCUUCUCCCUUCUAGCUCUCUUCAUCUUUAUUUUCAGUAUACUUGGAAUGCACAUAUUUGGAUGUAAAUUCUGUGACUAUAUUGACGGAGAACAAGUCUGUGAUAGAAAGAAUUUUGAUUCACUCCUGUGGGCCAUUGUUACAGUAUUCCAGAUCCUGACCCAAGAAGACUGGAACGUGGUUCUCUACAACGGCAUGUCUCGGACUUCACCCUGGGCUGCCCUCUAUUUCAUCGCUCUCAUGACGUUCGGUAACUACGUCCUCUUCAAUCUCCUGGUUGCUAUCCUCGUCGAGGGAUUCUCUUCGGAGAAAGAAGGGAACACAUCAGAUAAAGAGGAGAGCGAGGAUGAGGAAGGGGAGAAUGAAGAGAAUGAGAAGGAGGAGAAGAACAUGGAUGAUAUCAAGGAUGAAGUCUUAUCAGUUACAUCAGAUAAAGAUAAUGCAGGAAAACUAGCAAUAACUGGUCCCGCUACCGAUGGUGGUAGCCACCCCCUGAGUCCCCCUAUCAUUACCCAUACCGCAGCCACGCCUCAAGGCUCCCCUAACGUUGAUAUGCAGAGAGCAUUCAGGCCUGGUAGCUUCAUUGAUCAUGAUACACGAUCAUGGGAUUCAGACUCUCAGUCAUUGUCAUCACUCAAGAUCAGAGGGUCACCUCGUCUCCCACGUAGCCCCAGUGCUAACAGCGUAAACAGCCACAACAGCCACAAGGGGGGAAGCAUGAGGAGCAAUUCACCCGAAGACCAGAAGCAAGGGGGGACUUUUCUCACCCCAUAUCAAUUGGGCGAUGAGCUGGGGCAGGAUAAUGAUAGCCACUCUUCAGUCAGUAUAAGCAGAAGCUCCCUUCACGAUGGUUCUCGCAAUGGCUACCUACCUGACAGUGACAACAACGACAGCCGACGGACCUCCUACAUCUCCUGCAAUGGUGGGUCAGUAACGGCCAUACCUCAGGCCGACACUCAGAUACCGGUCGAUGGUGUGGAGGAUAAUAAGGACCUCCAGACAGAAGGGACUGCGCCAACAACCUACAGCAAUAUAGAAGACCCUGAUGCCAUAGACGAAGCUAGAAAGCGGAGAAAUACUUCUCGGUGUAAAAACGGAAACGCAACGUGUGAAGAAAAGCAUGAUGAUGAGGACAUAGAGUAUUAUGAUGACGAUGAUGAUGAUCUCGCUCAAAAUUGCUGUUGUAUUCGGUGGUGUCCGGAGCCAAAGGGAUGCUUCAAAACAAGAAUGGAGUACGCACUUUAUCUCCUUUCACCAAGAAACAAGGCAAGGAGGAAAUUACAGCACCUGAUUGCUCAGAAGUGGUUUGAUUACGGCAUCCUCCUCAUCAUCUUUCUCAACUGCAUCACGUUAGCGAUGGAGAGACCAGCCAUAGAGGAAGACAGUCUGGAGAGGAAGUUUCUGACCAUGUCCAACUACAUCUUCAUGGGUAUCUUCACCCUGGAGAUGCUGGUCAAGGUCCUUGCCAAAGGAUUCCUUUUCGGCACCCAUGCCUACCUCCACAGUGGUUGGAACGUGAUGGAUGGCAGUCUGGUCAUCGUGUCGUGGAUCGACCUCCUCAUCACCGCCGUGUCAUCCAGCAGUCCAGAGAUCUUCUCCAUCUUGCGCGUGUUCAGGCUGCUGAGGACUCUAAGACCUCUUAGGGUUAUUAGUCGUGCCCCGGGUUUGAAGCUGGUGGUGCAGACGCUCCUCUCCUCUCUCAGGCCCAUUGGUAACAUUGUUAUCAUCUGCUGCACCUUCUUCAUCAUCUUUGGAAUCCUAGGCAUCCAGUUGUUCAAGGGCCAGUUCUACUACUGCUCUGGUUCUAAUGUACGUCACAUCAAGAACAGGACCCAGUGUGAGUCCAACCCCGAGAAUGAGUGGAUCAACCAACAGUACAACUUUGACAACUUAGCUCAGGCUUUGGUAGCACUGUUUGUCCUUGCCUCCAAGGAUGGAUGGGUAGACAUCAUGUAUAAUGGUAUAGAUGCAGUUGGUAUCGAUCAGCAGCCCCAGAGAGAUCACAACGAAUGGCUCAUUCUCUACUUCAUCUCUUUCCUGCUUAUCGUUGGUUUCUUCGUUCUCAACAUGUUCGUGGGUGUCGUUGUCGAGAACUUCCACAAAUGCCGGGAGGAGCAGGCAGCCGAGGAGCUGGUCCAGCGGAUUGAGAAGCGACAGCUGAAGCUCCAGAAAGCCAGGCAAAGUAAGGCUGCUUCUUCAGGGUAUACCAUUUACGUGGAUCCCAGUGAGCUCUCGAACUUGACCCCAGAAGAGAGGGCUAAUUGUCAGAUUGGAUCGUUAGAGCAGCCCUACUACAUCAACUACUCCAAGACCAGGAUGAAAGUCCAUGAUAUUGUGAUGAGCAAGUACUUUGACUUGAUAGUAGCUGCUAUUAUAUUCCUCAACGUUGUCACCAUGGCACUUGAGUUCUACAUGAUGCCUCAGGUAAUGGUCGACAUUAUGACCUACUUAAACUAUAUAUUCACCGCUGUAUUCAUCUUGGAGGCCUUAUUAAAGAUUUUUGCCCUUGGAUUUAAAAGAUACUUCAAAGAUGGAUGGAACCAACUGGAUGUUACAAUAGUGAUACUAUCUAUUGCUGGUAUAGCGAUGGAGGAGUUAGAAUCAAACAUUAUACCGAUCAAUCCAACUAUUAUCAGGAUAAUGAGGGUGCUUCGUAUAGCUAGAGUGCUUAAACUCUUGAAAAUGGCUCAGGGUAUCCGAGCCCUGCUGGACACCGUUUUUCAGGCAUUGCCACAGGUUGGCAACUUGGGCCUUCUCUUCUUUCUACUGUUUUUCAUCUUUGCUGCUCUUGGAGUUGAGCUAUUUGGUCGAUUAGCUUGCACCGAUCAGAACCCCUGUGAGGGCCUCGGACGUCACGCCUCCUUCAAACAUUUCUUCAUUGCCUUUCUGACCUUGUUUCGCAUUGCUACGGGAGACAACUGGAAUGGUAUUAUGAAGGACACACUGAGGAAAGAAGGAUGUGAUGAGAGAUCGGGGUGCAAGGUUAACUGCUGUGCCAACCGCUACUUUGCUCCGAUGUACUUCUUCUCCUUCGUGCUCAUCGCCCAGUUCGUCCUGGUCAACGUGGUGGUCGCCGUCCUCAUGAAGCACCUGGAGGAGAGUCACAAGCUGGAGCAGGACGACGAGGAGGAUGCGCAGAUCAUCGCCGAUCAGCUCAAACAGGACGCUAUUGAUUUGUUAGAGGAGAUGGAGAGGGAGGAUGCUGCUAACAACUCCGAUGAAGGGGUAACCUCCUCCAAUCCUGAAAUGUCUUUAUCUAGACCAGAUAAAAAGUCAGAAAAGGAUCUUUCUCCUGCUGAUGUGAUAUUGGCAUUGAGUCCACAUCGACAUAAAACAACGAGUGACAAUCCCAGCAUGCACCUGGUGGUCAAGCAGCCAGUUACGAGGGUCAAAUCUUUACCGGAUAACUUCCAGUUUGCUCCUGAUCAACAGAAUCAAACUUCCACCAAUGGUGUGGAUGACAAUUACAAUGAGAAGAGUGAUGGAGACCAAAACCUGCCAGUACCCCAAAUGUACCUGAAACCCGGGGAGAAGAGCAUUGCUGGGCAGCAAUCCUCAUCAGCUGAUAGCAUAUCAGCUCCAGAGGGCCCUAGGGAUACCUCUAGUCUGGGCCUCAGCAAGUCAUCACUUAGCCCUGGUGGUGGUGGUGGUGGUGGUGGUCUCGGGUGUGGUCUGAUGGUGCCUGGUCGGGAUAGCGAGAGAGAAGGAAGCCCAAACCCACAAAGGAAGUUUGCAGCACGCCAGCUCAACCCUGUGGACAACAACCCAGGAGGUGACUUGGGCGCCAGUGGUUAUGAUGCUGUACCAGCAGGGGUAGCAGGGUGUGGGGAGGAGGUACCCUUGCAGGAAUGGAGGGUACCGCCUGUAAUGAUAUCAUCAACAUCCAGUGAGGACGACUCUCAGAGGAAAGGUGCCAAGGCUCUACCAGAAAGUCCCAUGAAAAAAGGGGCGAGGAACAGGGCGUCGCCUGGUCGUAAAACCUCCCCAAAGAAAGUGAAUCGUAACGGAUCAAAGGGUAACACCAGCAAAGAGGUUAAGAAUAGAUCAGACUCAUUGCUGAGUGUCGAGUCCGGAUGUUCAAGUGAUAACGAAUCGUUACUCAGUUCACCUCAAAUUAGGCAACGUAAAUCUCGACGAAAGAAUGCUCCUGCGUCAAACUCAUCCUCAUGCUCAAACAGUCCCAAAUCUCGGCGUAGUCUCGGCGGUGCAAGCAACGAGGAGAGCGGGCUGAGGACUCCAUCACCGUUGGUUGGAAAGGGGCACAGCAACCCGUUACUAUGGGAACCGAAUGGACAAUCAAAUAAUAGCCCAAGAUUGGGAAACGGGACACAGAAUGGUAGAUCGACACCACCCGCUGUUAAUGUAGAAUCAACGCAAGACAAAUCUCAGAAUAACAAUGAUCACCGUGUAUGACAAAUGAUUUGCUUUAGCCAUAUACAUGUAUAAUUCUCAUUAUUGCUCAUUUUCAAUAAGUUGAGAAAAUUCAAUAGACUUAUCACUUGUGCUCUUCAGUUGACCAUGUUUUUAAUAUGUAACAUGUGCUAUAAGUGUGUGACUUUGUUAGCAAAAAAGAAGAUAAAGAAAAUAUGACUAGCUAAUGUUUUCGAGAUUGUGAACGUGAGGCCUAAUUUUUAUCAUGAGUUCCAUUAUUUUUUGAUAUAUUUCACUUAAUCAUUUUGUUUUAUAUGUCUGCUGGUGGUAUCAUAUAUAGGGAGAAGGGGCAAAGGAAAAAUACAUCAUAUUUUUGCAAUGUUCUUAUUCUAGAGAUGUUCACCAAGCAAUGAAUUUCACCAAAGUAUUUUACACUUAUGUUAUUAAUUGUUACAUUGUUUUUGAGUCAAGUGCUUCGAUCAUAUCAGUUGAAGGAUAAAAACCUGUUUGCUUUGAAGGAACAGAGAAAUAUUGUACAUUGUUAUGUGAUACAGCUGAAGUAAUGCUAUGUCAUACAUGUAUAGAUUUAAAACACUAGUGUAGUACUUCUAAAGAAGACUACAAGGAGAAAUUUGGUGUGUUGAUUGAAACAUGCACUCUGUGAUCACAGUCUAAAGAUGAGAUGGCAAUCGUCAUUACUGGACAUGUGAUUAGUACAACUAUGAAGGUCACUCUAUUUUUCUGUUCACUCAUAUCAUAUUACUUCUUUCACAUGAAUGAUAUCUCUGCACAACAUGCUGUUUUGAUGAAUUUUUAGCAAUUACAAGUGAAGUUGAAGUGGAAAAUCCACUAUUUUAGGGUUCUUAACCUACAAACAACGAAGAUGGAAUUUGUCUAAGAACAAUAUAGAACCGUGUUACCUUCUAGUUCUAUUACAUGUAGUGCAGUGCUUCAAGUGCUUUCACUUUUUUCAAAGAAGGGGAAACUAUCUUUUGUUUAUCACAACUCAGCACUUACAACUCAAUGGUAACAACUCAGUGAAUUCCCACCUAAAGUUGAUUACAUUUGUCAUGAAUUGGUUUUAUUAGUUAUUAUGCAAAGAAGCAAAGCUAGUGGGAGGAUAUGAAGCAAUAAGGUCUUGUCAAACAAGAUAUCCUGACUUUUAUAUGUGUAUACUGCUUGUGUAUUAGUGUUUCAAACUUAUCAAUGUUUCAAACUUAUUAAUGUAUAAUCAAUGUAGGAGUUUAAGUGGCUUUGGUAAAGAUGGAAAAAGGCAAUGAAAAAAAUAAGCAUGCUGCUUUUUGUAUAUGUAAGAUUGUAAUUAUAAUUCUGAAAGAUUGGCGGAUUUUUCUUGUACAUUUGAAUGAAGUAUGUGUAUGAAAUGAAAUCAAGACGAAGAAGUGGCCUGGUGCUACCGUUCCUAUUUAUCUCGAGAAUAUUUAUUGAUGAUAUUGUAAUUAUUUUUUAUCUUGUUGUCAAAUCAGAAUUAACUUAUUAAAUCAGAAAAAUAUGAAAUGUGAGUUCAGACUUUUAUGACUUUUUUCAUUAUCUCUGUUCAAUAAAUAAAAUAGAUAAAUAACUUAAAGAUGGUUAAUGGCUAUACUACUUAAAAAAGUCAUUGCUGCAUUCAUAAUUAAGAUUCAUUACUGUUGAUCAUUUUGGGGGUAUUCUGUUUAUGUGCACUCAUUUUAUAAGACAUCAUAGCUUAAUUUACAGUAGGCGCUAUCAUAUCAACCUUUUCAUGCUUAUAUUGUUAUCAUAGAACUUCUAAUCUGUCUAUAUAUUCUUCAAAAUCAUUUUUUUUUCUUUCUCAUAAAUUCUCACAGGCUUCUGCAAGAGGCUUAUUAAAAUUGACUAGUGACAUACAUGUUUGCCUCUACAUAAUUUAAGCAUGUAGAUAAUGUAUCAGAAAGUAGAAGUGCAACCUUAUCCACCAGACUUUGAACGGCUGGCUGGGCCAGGGAAAAUAUUUUUGUGCUAGAUAGGAUUUCACUAUCAAAUCACCAAUUGCACUUGACUGAAUGAAAAGUUAUUAAAGUACUGUGUUAGUACUGUAUAAGCCAUAUAUUUUUGUCAUCUUUUUAUUCAAAACAAGGACAAAGACAUUUUGUGAGUUGUUUUUUUAGUGAUAAUUAACAUACCGGUAGGCCAUUUACAAUACCUUGGCUUAAGUAUUGUCAGCUCGUUUUCCUUUGUUAAAAUUCUUGAAAAUUACAAAAACAAAACCCACACAGAAAUAAGAGCUUAUACAGCAUAGGUACUACAAUUAUAUAAUUGCCAUUUUGCUCAUUUUCUAGGGAUUAGAUGAACAAGCAAAUAAAUAACUUAAAAGUACAGGCAAUUCUGCACUUACAAAUUAUACACCUACUAUAUGUGCAUGUAUUUGUACUAAUUAUGAAAAUGAAAAUAAUUAUAUUAGACUGUCGCCUAUAAUUCAUUUUACAAGUGAAUAAUGUUGCCUUACCAGGAAGAUGUCAAUUUUGUGCUUGUGUAUGUAGUGGCAAGGAUGGUCGUGACGCAGACUGUUUAAUUAGAAGAUUAUCUGUAAUUCAGUAUGUCACUUUAAUUUGUAUUAUUUAACCAAACUUUAAUCAAGCAUUCUGUUACAGCUUCUUUUGUUAUAUCAUGUCUCUUCAUUUCUUUUCAAUUCACACAUGUGCUUUAUUACAGCUUUCUAUGUAUAUUGUAGGUGCUUUUUAUACCGUUGUUGGAUAUUUUGUAUUAAUUGCUCCUCGUAGAAUCCAAGAAGUCAUGAAUAUGUUCAGUCCUGUUUGUGUCUUGAUUUAGAGUUACUUAAACAGAUGACAUAAUUCACAAUUAAUUAAGAAGGAAUAUCUAACCUCCCACCCUUUGAUGUAUAAACUGCCCUAGCUAUAGUUGACAUCAAUUCUACGUAAAAUUCAGCCAUUAGGACCGGUCUGAAACAUGGCAUAAUUACAACCACAUGGUGUUUUAUGAAGAGGAUCUAUUCUGUUAUUCUAUUCUUCGAUCGUUAUGCAACUGUGGCUGCAAACAGUUAUACUUUUUUGUCAAUUUGCGAACUUUCUUGUUACUGAUUCACCCCAUUUAAUGAUACUUUAAUAGCAGUAUGUAACAGAGAGUCCUAAUUGUAAUCAUGGUUUAGAUUAUUUGCACAGUAGAAAAUUAAUUGUCAUAUCAUGAAAAUAACAAUUGCAUAUUUUGAAUUAAAUGCUGAUGAGGCAGUCACAAACGUACUUACUUAAAAUUGAUGCAACUUAAAGCACCUUUAAAUUGUAUUAAUUGAUUUUUUUUUAAAUAAAGAUUUUGAAAUGGUGUGUAUAUAGAGGCCGUUGUCACAUAUUGUAACAAUGUUGAUCAUUGCAAUAGCAUUUUAAUCGUGGUUGUAAUUUUUUUCUUUAGAAAUCAUGGGUAAUAUGUUGAAAUUAAUUGGAACGUCCUGUGAUACUCGUUGUAGGCUUUGCAGUUCUUGCUCUGUCAGGUACAUUUUUAAUUGCCAUAGCAGGUAUAUUGUCAGUUUAUGUACGACCCAUGCUUUGCUUUGAUUAUUUAAAAAAAAGGUUUCCGAGGCAAUAUAAAUUUGACCAAAUUUAAUUUUUCUUUUUAUUACUCCUAUAGUCAACUUUUGAAAGACUUAAUUAUUUUUCAAUUCGGUGUGAUCAUCAUGAGUUAUUACUUUAUGUACACAUAUCCUCAAGAUUUAUAUUUUGGAGAAAUUAAUAAAUUGGCUGUUGUGGGGUCUUGGUGCAAGUGCAAUAUUUGCAAUCAACGUUGGUCUUUCUUUGGCAGGUCAAUCCUUUUUGUACAAAUAAAAAAUUCCCUCUUUUAUCUGCUGCAAUCGAAAUCCAAACGCAAGCUUUAUUUGAGCAAUUAUGUUUCUUUUUCCGACUAAACUACAUGUCAAACUGUUAAAGGAAUGUUUUUGUCUUUAGGAGUCAUAUUACAUCUCAGUUGUUAUGAUCAUGAACAAUCUGCACUUCUCAUAUCUACUGCAAUCCACAUGUAUGACUCAUGAUAUAUUUGUAAGCUAUAUGCUAAAUAAAAUUGCAUUUUGUGGUGCUGCUGUCUGUGCCAUUGUAAUGGAUGAACACUAUUGAACGAAAGUGAUUUUUGUUCUUGGUAUUAGGAAUUUAACCACUAGUCACCAGUUGACUUGGAUGAAAUUUAAAUUCAUUACAAUUUUAGGAUGAUUGAUGUUGGGGUAGGUUAAUUAAGAAACGAGAAAUGGAAUGAAUGAGUAUUAAAUGAAUUUGUUUUUAGAUAUACAAAUAAUAAUCCUUAUUUUUCCAUAAUUUGUUGAGCAUUGCUUGAUGCAACAGAAAAUUAAAAUAUCACAAAUAAAAAUGCCUUUUUACCAAUUCUCGAUUCACUUUGUCGAGAGGCCAUGGUGGUAAUCGUGUUUACACAAAAUAAUAGAAAUUCUGUGUAUUGCUAUAUGAACAAUACUUAUUAUGGAUGUUUGGAAUGAAAUUCCUCUAUAUCAAUAAUUCUUUCUCUCUACUUUGAAGAUUAAUGAAAGAAUUUGAUGGCCUUUUAUAUUUUUAAAACAUAUACCGACAGUUUUGCAAAUUCAUAUCACUCAAUAUAUUGACGACUACUAGUAUUACAUUGUUACCUUUGAGGAAUUUGACCAGAAUGGUUAAAAAUUUAAAUGUUCGUGAUAGGUUUUCACCUUUGGAUUGCUCAUCAUGAAAUUUUAUCAAGUUUCAAGUGGAACUGGAUGCUGCUCUUGGAAUUUAUUUUUCUUGAAGCAUGUAUUUCACUCUAAGAAAAAAGCUGGCUUUACAUGUAGGUAGUUGUAUUCAUCUCAGGCUCAAUAAAUUUUGGGAUAAACUUUGGCAAUGCAGUAUACUUCGAAAUGUGAAUGUUCAGAUACGACUCGAUUCUUCACUUUCAUCACAUCACUUUUUCAUUCUCUUUGGUAUUACCCUUGACUAACUUUAGAAAGAAAAUACAGGUACAUACAUGCAUCUGCCUUUUUCAACUUUAAAAAAACUUAUUUUUCGAUCAAUUUCUAGCAAGACAAAAUAAGAUGUAACAAACUGAUUGUGUGCACAGAAUUCUUAUUAGUCAUCUUAUUGAGAAUGUGUUUAUGAAGAUGAUGAUCAACUUUGUACAUUACAUUCAUAGCAAUCUCUUAAUCGGCUGAUGGAUAUCUACAUUUUAGUAGAUCUAAAAUAAUGUGUAGUUUUCAUCUUCAUGCGUAUCACCUCCUUUGAUAUAUGUACAAUCCUAUGACCAUGUGUUUGCACCAAAUGAAUGAAACAAUGAAUUUCACAUUUGUAAUGAGUUUAAGUAAAGUAGUGCAUUAAUUGAUACUGAUGAUGAGCUGAGCUGUAAUUUGCCUGGGUUGUAGAAAUUUGAUGUGUACAUGUUUGGUAACAUUGAAGGUUAAAAAACGAGACCUUUGAAUAAAAAAUACCAUGAAAGCUUUUUAUAAUGAAAGUCACAAUAGA